AUGAACCAUUAUCAACGAGAACUUCCGGUUAUUACGUUGACGCCCUCGAAGGGUGAAGACAAACUUGACGUGGCGGCGGCUUCGGAAUCACGAGCGCAACAUCAGAAGCAUCAGAAAAAACAACAAUGGCGUGCUUCUCAGAGGAAUGCAAACGUCCAUGAGCUCUCUUCGACACCAUUUUUCCGGAAAUCCCAACCGCGUGUGUUUCAUGCAAAUAAUUGUAACGUAUUGGAAGCAGCUCAAGAGUUGUACGACGACGCGCCAGUGGGCUUUGCUGUCAAGCAAGAAUCGUCCGAUCAAGAUCUAGCCGAGUUGAGUCCUCGUUUCUACGAUCACGAUGUAAACCUGCUGCAGAAGAUUCUGGUAAUAACUAGAGGUGAACUAGAGAAGGCGAUCGAUCUGAUGCUCCUCAUCACCGAUGAUAAUACCAAAAUGGUCCCCGGGUCAUUACCGGCAGAAGUUCGAUCCCAAGCCAGAAGUCCUAGUCUUUUUCUGAUUCACCUACAAUCAAUGAGCCGAUUAAAUCCAAAGGCAAGGACGAGGCAAAGUGAUUCCCUCUCCAGGGCACAAUAG